AUGGCGCCGAACACUAAGAGGUUCUGCAAGGUCAGCUGGAAUUACUGUUCUCUUAUUCUCUGCAUAUCGUUUAUUCUCGGUAUAAUUAUUCUGCUGGUGGGGGCAGCUGCCUUUUAUAUUCAAUUCGUCGGUGAAGAGUUUCAUGUUCAGUACACGGACCCAGGGAAACGAUCUGAACUGCCUGCCAUGGACAGCUCUUUGGCGACAGGCGUGGCGCAGCAGCCCGUGGUAUGUACGUCAUCUGGUUGCGAAUGGAAUGAAGAGUACUUAUCAGGCAAGCUCAACAACUCUGUAAACCCUUGCGAUGACUUCUACGGACAUGUGUGCUCUGCGAAUUGGUUUAACGGCAGCGUGAACCAGUCUUCCUAUUUAAUUCGGGCUUCCGCUGCUGUUAUGAAUGACGUUUGGAAUUACCUGAGAAAGUAUCCGUUCAAUAGAACACUGACUUCCUUCGUUAACCAGGCAGCUUUUCUGGCUCAAGGCUGCAUGGACGGACGCAAGAAGGACACAGAGUGGACAGCUCUCCAUGGAAUACUUGCUGAUCUCAACAUACCAGGUUGGCCAUACGUCAGCGACAUCCCAGACACAAAACCCCACGACGUCGCUAAGGUCACCGAUAAGCUCUUAGGACUAUCAACGUUCGUGAAGGUAAUGUUGCGGCAACAACGAUUCCACCGGGAGUUGCAGUUGCACAUAGACUCUCCUCCUAUGUUCAUACGUCGGUUCGAAACAUUAUAUCCCAGUGAACUGCUGGGUACGUAUGUCGAGUUUGUGUACAAAGUGUUGUCACUGUUAAAAAGGCCAAGCCCGCUGACACGCACACUGGCGCUUGAGAUUGCUCGACUGGAACAGAUGAUGUCAGACGCCGCGGAUCACUCGGCUCGGAGCGUAGCUACCCUUCAGGACAUCAAGCCUCUCACUAUGCUUAGACCAAUGCGCGGUUGGGAUUGGACAGCUUACCUAUCCUAUUUUAUUCAAGAAGCAUCGCGUCUCACAUCACGCGAGGUCGUGCUGCUCGACCCGAAAUACAUUGACCACCUUUCUGGUAUCUUGAACCGCACACAGCGGCGUGUCCUAGUCAACUAUAUAGGGUACCGUCUGGUCAUCUACAUCUCCCCUCUGCUACCACAUAAUAAGGCAGGAUUUGUCAUUCCCAUCAGUCACCAUCAUCCACUAGCAAAGAGUGUUUCGGAGCGACUCCAAGCCUGUAUGAGUAUGCUGGAAGGAAUGUAUCCCUUUGGAGCACGUUCCCUAGUUUGGUCGACGGUGUUGUCCAAGAGACUCUCCCUUGUCACGGGCGAGGCUGGAUUAGCAGAAGAUAUCAAGAUAAUAAAAGAGAUUGUACGUUCCGAGAUGAAACAGACUGCGUCUUCAGCAAGCUGGCUUUCCUUAAACGAGUCACACACUGCUGCUCUCAAAAUGGACCACAUGAGCAUUCAGUUGAUUCCCGAGAACGACGAAUUGUCAUUGCCAGGCUCUUCAUCGUCACCUAUUGCUCUAGACCAACAGAAUUUUCUUUGGACGUACUACAGGCUACUACGAUUUAUGCGUUCGCAGUACUGGACCGCACUUGACCUCAAUUAUUUCAACGAACCAACGACACACACAGAAUCCGCUUUUCGACCAGGGUUCUCCUACGACCCUCAGCGGAACAUCAUAAAGCUUUCACCAGCUACCGUGGCGUUCGCAAGCAGCAUUUCUCAACGCUUCGAAGCUAAUUCCAUACCGUUCCUGAUAUCUCCAGUAAUCCGUGGCAUGUUUUCUGCGAUUGACCUCAGGGGUAGCUCGAUUGGCUUCGACGGUGCUCUUCGCACAUGGUGGUCCAAUGCGUCAAAAGUAAACUUCAUGGGUCGUGCAUGGUGCAUCCAAAACAGUUUUACGGAAGAAACCAAGCGACAUGCGAAGUUGCUGGGCGGGUUCGAUACUUCAUUGUUUUUGGAUGAAAACGUAGCCGAUGGUGCUGUACUUCGUCCGCUGUACAAUGUAUUUCUCAAGUUUGCACAAAGGCAGGGUACUAGGGCGACUAAAACUGGGCGGCCAUCUGGUACCGCACUUCAGAAGUUCUUUUUCAUCAAUUAUGGUACAACGUUGUGCGAGCCAGCUCGUGGCCCGUUACACGUCAAGAAUCGGCUACGAUACAAAACAGCUGUCCCAGCAAAGUUGAGAGUGAAUGUACCAUUGUCGCACUUUGACGCAUUCGCUGACGUGUUCGGUUGCGAAUCGCCUGAUCGGAUGAGAAGGAAGCGUUCUUGCUCCCUCUGGUAA